AUGUGCUAUUCUGAUGAGACUCCUGGGGAAGAGAGCAGUGAAUCCCUCCCUCCCCGGUCCGGUCUGGUCCGGUCCGGUCCGGUCGCUAGCGCUAACGAGCCAGCGAGCGUGGACGCUGUGGGGGGCGGCCCGUUCUCCCGGGAGGGAGAGGGAGAGAUGCCAGCGCCCGCACUGCUGGAGCAGGAAAAGGAGGCGCACCAGUGCAGGAAGGGGGUGCUGAUCCACUGCCAGGCGGGGGUGUCGCGCUCGGCCACCAUCGUCAUCGCCUACCUGAUGAAGCACAGCCUCAUGACCAUGACGGACGCCUACAAGUAUGUGAAGGGCAGGCGCCCCGUCAUCUCGCCCAACCUCAACUUCAUGGGCCAGCUGCUGGAGUUCGAGAACGACCUCAACUCCGGGGUCACCCCCCGCAUCCUCACCCCGAAACUCACCGGCGUGGAGACUGAGGUCUGAGGGCUGGGGGAGCUGGAGGGGGGCCCUCACUGCGAGUCGGCCCCCGUUCGCGAUCAAAUUGGAAUCCCACUGCCACUGGCUGCUGUUCCUGGGGGUUUCUGAGAGGGCUGUGUGAGUGUGUGUAUCCGUGUGCGAGGGUGCGUUGAGUGUGCGUUGAUGUGUACCUGUAUGUGUGUU